UCGGUCCUAUGGUCCUAUCUCUGCAGCAGUUUCUCCUCCACUUCCUGAACACCUCAGCCGCUCCACAGUGUGUUUUCAUCCCGGUUGUCCCCGAGCUUUUUCCUAACCUUACCUCCGGUCUAAUAUCCGUCUCACAGCACGGCUGCCUCCCGCUUUAAUCAAACUACAAACCGGAGUUUUGUGCUCCGGUUCGGUCUGAAGCCUGAGCCGUAGUUGGAGCUAGCUUAGCUUAACUGGGAGGUUAGCGGAGCGUUAGCCGCGAGCAGGCAGCGGGGCGAAGGCUCGGUCCGGGCGGGCGUGCAGAGGGAGCGCGAGCGCGCAGCAUGGCCGUUGGGAACCACAGCCAGGCGGUGGAGGAAAAGGCAGCGAGCCGGAGUCAGAGUGAAGUGAACCGGAAGCUGAAGUACAUCAGCCUGGCGGUGCUGGUGGUCCAGAAUGCAUCGCUCAUCCUCAGCAUCCGAUACGUCCGCACGUUGCCGGGCGACCGCUUCUUCACGACGUCAGCCGUGGUCAUGGCGGAGGUCCUGAAGGUCCUGACGUGUCUGCUCAUCAUCCUGCUGCAGAAGAGAUUCAACGUGAAGCAGACGGUGCUGUUCCUGGUGGACUCCAUAGUGUUCCAGUAUAAAGACACUCUGAAACUGGCCGUUCCUUCUCUCAUCUACACGCUGCAGAACAACCUGCAGUACAUCGCCAUCUCCAACCUGCCGGCCGCCACCUUCCAGGUGACGUACCAGCUGAAGAUCCUGACCACGGCUCUGUUCAGCGUGCUGAUGCUGAGGAAGUCUCUGUCCAGAGUUCAGUGGGUUUCUCUGGUGCUGCUGUUCGCUGGAGUCGCCAUCGUACAGGUGGAGCAGGAGGGGAAGAAGGAGGCCUCGGUGUCGGGCGCCUCCAACCAGAACUACACCGUGGGUCUGGUCGCCGUGGUGAUCAGCUGCCUGUCGUCGGGCUUCGCCGGCGUCUACUUCGAGAAGAUCCUGAAGGGCAGCUCGGCGUCCGUCUGGGUGAGGAACGUGCAGCUGGGCAUCUUCGGCACGGCGCUCGGCAUGCUGGGACUGUGGUGGAACGACGGCGAGGCCAUCGCCGAGCGCGGCUUCCUGUUCGGCUACACGGACGCGGUGUGGUGCGUGAUCUUCAACCAGGCGUUCGGCGGGCUGCUGGUGGCCGUGGUGGUGAAGUACGCCGACAACAUCCUGAAGGGCUUCGCCACGUCCUUCUCCAUCAUCGUCUCCACGGUGACGUCGGUGUACCUGUUCGGCUUCCACGUGGACCUGCUGUUCACCGCCGGCGCCGGGCUGGUCAUCGGCGCCGUCUACAUGUACAGCCUGCCCAAAGCCGCUGGCGGCGGCGGCGGCGGUGCCGCGGCACUGAACGCCAACGCCGGCGUGGCGGCUUCCUCGGCGUCUUCGCGGACGGACGUCGGCACCGAGAUGGAAGCCUUCCUGCCAAAAGCAAAGGAAGGCGUAGCGUCUCUCCCGCUCGCCGUCCGCAUGCCAGACUAACCGCUCAAAGCCCAACGGGACGAGGAGGAGGAGGAGGAGGAGGAGGAGGAGGAGGAAGGAGCUGCAGCGUCUCAGAAACCCUGACCGCCCGUCUGUCUGUCCGUUUCCUGUCUCGCCCUCUCUGCCUUAAAACUCUUGACUUCACUAACUGACUGAAACGAGGAGAAGCUGAGCGUUGAGAAUAUGUCUGUCUGUUUUUCCUGCCGGAGGCCAGUCUGCCGUCUGAUUGGAUGAUUUCACCGUGCAGUCCGGCAACGCGAGUCGAGGCCGAUUUAAUGUUUUUCCUUGCAGCGGGUUUUUGCGAGGAAUGAAACGAAUGAUUGUUAUUCUAAUUAUCCAUCGGGGUUCAACGUUAAGGUUGGGUUGUUUUGGGCCAAUGAGAGACGAUUCUUCUCGUCUGAAGUCGUUUUUUAGGAAAGGUAAAGGAAAAGAAAAGUGUUGAGAAAAUGUCCUGACAAAAAGCGCCAAAAUCGCCAAAAUUUUCAGACUGAUCUCAUGAAGUGGCGUAUGUAUGACGCGCCACUUCGUGUGCCGUUUCCCCCGACGACAACAAAAAAGAAAAACGCUAAAAACUUACAAAAAAUAAAAUAAAAUCGGGGAAAAUUGGUAAAUGUAUGCGUGUAUGUUUACGCAAAGUCAUGAUGUCACGUUGAAAAAAUUCGGAAAAAGCAUCGAAAAAAACGGCAGGAAAAAAAAAGCGCCAAAUGAAAAAAAAAAUUUAUACAAAAAAAAUCCGAAAAGCGUCUAAUGACAGAAACGUCAAACGUUUAAAAAAAAAAAUCUAAAAAAUUCCAGAGAAAAAAAACGCUAAAAACUUUUUAAAAAAUCUUCGGGAAAAUUGGCAAACUUCGAAAAAAAAAAAAAA